UCUCAGACAAAUUAUUUGAAGCCAAAAUAUUUGUUUAUUUACGAACUAUCCAGUUGUGUUGUGUCGUAAACUGCCACUUCUUCUUCUUUCUCAGACAAAUUAUUUGAAGCCAAAAUAUUUGUUUCUUUACGGUCAUCAAAUCAACCGGAUCAUUUUUUGGUUUAUCUUCCUUGUCCUAUCUUCGAAUUUGGAUUUUAAUCUUUUUGGUAAACGCCAUUAAAUUUUUGUUUCUUGACGACAACGACUUGUCAACCUUUCUUUGCUGGCAACACCUACCUUUGUCAUGUCUGUAUAAUCCUAGUUUUCUCCAAAAACGUUUUGUCUAGGAAAUUUUCUUCUUCGAUGGAGAAGAAGCUGACUUUGUUGUUGUUGGUUGUGGUGGUUUUGUUCGUAAAUCUAACAAACGCCACCGUUAGGGUUCAGAUUUGUCCUAGAGAAUCUGCAAAAGAUUAUAUCUUAGGGUUUCGAGAUAAGUCAGCCUUGCAUCGUCCUGGUUUUGUCACUGAGGGAGAUGAUCGGUGGCUACAAAUGGCUGCAGAUAUGGUUGAUAAGAAGAAUAAGUGUGACUAUGCGGCUUUACUCUUCUAUGCAUCAUGGUGUCCUUUCUCCAGAUUAGUUAGACCAAGUUUUGAUCUUAUGUCUCUGUUAUAUUCAUCGGUUCCACACUUUGCAAUUGAGGAAUCAUCAGUUAAAGCUAGUACCUUGUCCAAGUAUGGAGUUCAUGGGUUUCCUACUAUCAUCCUUAUGAAUUCGACAAUGCUCGUAGUUUACCGGGGAUCGAGAACUCUUGAUUCCCUUGUUGCCUUCUACACUGAUGUUACGGGAAUUGAAACGAUGGAUGAAAGAUGGGUUGAGAGAAACAGAUUAGUUCCUCAUUUCCACGCAGAGCCAGAAAAUUGCCCGUUCCCAUGGGCAAGAAGAUCACCCGAGAAUCUGCUUCGCCAAGAGACUUAUCUGACGCUUGCCACGGUGUUCGUCUUGUUGAGAUUACUACACUUGAUUUCCCCCACAAUGGUUGUGUUCGUGAAAUUCACUUGGGGACGGGUGUCAAACAUGAGACUAGGGAACCCCUUGGAACAUACUGUGACCAUGUAUCUUAAAGAACCUUGCAUGAGUAGCAAUUUGCAGGAAGGAGCCAUGAAUGCUAGAGCAUGGGCUUCCAAGUCUUUGGCUACUGUCUCAAUUGCAGAAUCAAGCUCAUCAAGCAGAAGUGUUUCAGCUUCACAGUGACUUCAUAUUUUAACCAUCUUGUAUAAUAAACACAACUGUUCCUUAAACCAAUGAGGGGCUUUGAUUCAUAGCUAGCUUACCAGUUUGUAGCAAAGUGUAAAAUGCUUUCAGAUUACAACAUUGUAG